CUUUAAAGCUUCUUGUUUUUUGCUCUUAUGCGGACGGGUAAAUAAGGUUACAUUUGGACUAAUUGAAACACAUUUUUGCUAGCGUUUAGUGAUUUAAAGGGCCAUUUAUGUACCAUUAAUUAUUUUUGCUAACAUUUAGCUAUGUUUAACAAGUGUUUUUUUAGCUAUAUAUUUUCCUUUUUAGCUUCGAAUUAGUUUUAGCUUAUUAGCCUUUGUUUAGUAAUAUUUAUUCUUGUUUGGUCUUUUUUGUAACUUUUGUUGUUACCUUAAUUCUACCUGCUAAGCCUUUAACCUUUUGCUAACAUUUUGGUUGUAACUAUUAUCUAUUGAAUAAGCAAGAAUAAUCUUGCUACUGCCACCUUUUGCAGUGGAGCUCUUGAGGAACAAAGAUGGCCGCUCACAUGCUUCCCUGAAGAGUUUGGCUAACUUCAAUCCAUGCUAAAUCAUGUCCAUCCUUAGAAAAUACCACUGUUGGAUGAUCACCUUUGGAAAAUACUAUUGUUGUGUACAAAAGCAAUUGAAGUUUGGAUCCAAGUUUCUACAGGCUGUGCCCAGACUUCGGGCGUGUGAGGAUCACCUACAAAAAAAAAGCCUUCAAAUUCUCGGUGUGGAGGAGCAGGACAAACUCACCAUCAGUGGGGAGAAUACAAAAACACUCUUCCUGUGGAAGAAUUUCACCCAAGAUGCAGAGACAUCCCAGCUGCGGUGUUUCCAGCGCGUGUCUGUUUGUACUCCUCUCAACUCUGACUUCCCGGAUCACUGAGGUGGAGACCACCCACCAGAGCAGCAUCCCUCCAGCUGUGGUGAAGCUGUGGGCGUCGGCGUUCGGUGGAGAAAUGAAAUCCAUCUCCGCAAAGUAUUCUGGAUCACAGCUGCUGCAGAAGAAAUACAAGGAGUUUGAGCGCUCGGUGAAGGUGGAGGAGAUUGAUGGACUCUGGCUGGUCAAGAGGUUGGCCGAGGACAUGGAGGAAAUGUUUCACAAGAAAGCUCAGGCCAUGCAGAGGCUGGUGGAGGCAGCAGAGGAGGCUCACCUACAGCAUGAGGAGGACCCGGACCUUCAGUACGAAUACUUCAACGCAGUGCUGAUCAACGAGGUGGACGAGGAAGGGAACAGCGUGGAACUCGGAGGCGAGUUCAUCCUUCAGCCCAAUGACCACUUUAACAACCUUUCAGUCAACCUCAGCCUCAGUGUGGUCCAGGUUCCUACCAACAUGUACAACAAAGACUCUGCCAUUGUGAAUGGAGUUUACUGGUCUGAGGCCCUGAACAAAGUGUUUGUGGAUAACUUUGAGAGGGACCCGUCACUAAUAUGGCAGUACUUUGGCAGUGCCAAGGGUUUUUUCCGGCAGUACCCAGGAAUCAAGUGGAAGCCAGAUGAACAUGGAGUCAUAGCGUUUGACUGUAGAAACAGGAAGUGGUACAUCCAGGCUGCCACCUCACCGAAAGAUGUGGUGAUCCUGGUGGAUGUGAGCGGCAGCAUGAAGGGUCUCAGACUCACCAUCGCCAGGCAGACAGUCUCCUCCAUCCUGGACACUUUAGGAGAUGAUGACUUCUUCAACAUUAUAGCUUUCAAUGAAGAGUUGCAUUACGUUGAGCCAUGUCUUAAUGGAACCCUCGUUCAAGCAGAUGUCGCCAACAAAGACCAUUUUCGGGAGCAUCUGGACAAACUGUUUGCUCAAGGCAUUGGUAUGUUAGACAUCGCUCUGACUGAGGCCUUCACACUUCUCGGUGACUUCAAUGAUACAGGACGAGGCAGCGAGUGCAGCCAAGCCAUUAUGUUGGUGACAGAUGGAGCCGUGGACACGUACGAUGCCAUCUUUGCCAAAUAUAACUGGCCAGAGAGAAAGGUCCGCAUAUUCCCUUACCUGAUUGGUCGAGAGUCCGCCUUUGCCGAGAAUCUAAAAUGGAUGGCUUGUGCAAACAAAGGCUACUUCACCCAGAUUUCCACGUUAGCAGAUGUUCAGGAGAACGUGAUGGAGUAUCUCCACGUCCUUAGUCGUCCCAAGGUGAUUGACCGUGAGCACGACACUGUGUGGACCGAGGCCUACAUUGAUAACACUCUGGAGGACGGUCAGGGUCCAGUUCUGAUGACCACUGUGGCCAUGCCUGUGUUUAGUACUAAGAAUGAGACUAGGAACCAUGGGAUUCUUCUAGGUGUGGUUGGAACAGAUGUCCCUGUCUCUGAGCUGCUCAAGGCGAUUCCCAAAUAUAAGCUAGGCAUCCACGGAUAUGCGUUUGCAAUCACCAACAAUGGCUACAUCCUCACACACCCGGAUCUGCGACCUUUGUAUGGUGAUGGUAAAAAGCGGAGGAAGCCAAACUACAGCAGCGUGGACCUGUCUGAGGUGGAGUGGGAGGACAAGGACGACACGCUGAGAAAUGCCAUGGUCAACAGGAAGACGGGAACGUUCUCCAUGGAGGUGAAGAAGAGUGUGGACAAAGGGAAACGUGUGUUGGUUUUGCACAAUGACUAUUACUACACUGACAUCAAAGGAACACCUUUUAGUCUUGGAGUUGCUCUUUCCAGAGGUCAUGGGAAGUUUUUCUUCAGAGGAAACGUCACAGUUGAGGAAGGUCUUCAUGAUCUUGAACAUCCGGAUGUGGCUUUAGCAGAUGAGUGGACCUACUGCAACACAGACGAGCAUCCAGAGCACAGAUAUCUGUCCCAGAUCGAGGCCAUCGGACUGUACCUCAGUGGACACGAGCCUCACCUGCACUGUGACAAAGAGCUGAUACAGGAGGUUCUGUUUGAUGCUGUAGUGACUGCACCUUUGGAGGCCUACUGGACCAGCCUGGUGCUCAAUAAAUCUGAAAACUCAGAUAAAGGUGUUGAAAUUGCCUACCUUGGGACAAGAACAGGCCUCUCCAGGAUUAACCUGUUUGUGGUUCCUGAUGAGCUAACAAAUCAAGACUUCCUUACAGCGGAGGACAAGGAAGGCGUAUUCAACGCCGAUCACUUUCCUCUGUGGUACAAGAGAGCAGCAGAACAAGUUCCUGGAACUUUCGUCUAUUCCCUGCCCUUUAACACAGGAUCAGAAAACAAGAGUGUGGUGUUGGCCAGUACAGCCAUUCAGCUUCUGGAUGAGAGGAAAUCACCCAUAGCUGCGGCUGUUGGUAUCCAGAUGAAGCUGGAGUUUUUUCAGAGGAAGUUCUGGACAGCGUGCAGACAGUGUGCAGCAUUAGACGGGAAAUGUUCGAUCAGCUGUGAUGAUGAGGACAUCAACUGUUACCUCAUCGACAACAAUGGCUUCGUUCUAGUAGCAGAGGACUACACUCUGACAGGGAAGUUUUUUGGAGACGCGGAGGGAGCUGUGAUGAGUAAACUCCUGCAGAUGGGCUCCUUCAAGAGAGUCACUCUGUACGACUACCAAGCUCUGUGCUGGGUAUUUUCAGAGAGCAGUGACAGUGGACACACGCUGCUUGAUCCUUACUUUGCCUUCUUCUCAGCUGUGAAGUGGAUCCUAACUGAACUCGUCAUAUUCCUGGUUGAGUUCAACUUGUACAGCUGGUGGUAUUCAGAUGUGGCAGUUAAAGCUCAGAGAAUGGGUCGCUCCAUGCAGGUACCAUGUGACACCGAGUACCCGGCCUUUGUCUCCGAGAGAACCAUCAAGGAGAACACGGGCAAUGUGGACUGUGGAAGCUGCAUCAAAUCCUUCGUCAUCCAGCAGAUACCCAGCAGUAACCUCUUCAUGGUGGUGGUGGACAACAAGUGUGACUGCACCAUGUUCGAGCCCAUCACUAUGGACCCUGUGGAGAUCAUUUAUAAUGAAUCUCUCAAGUGUGAGAGAUUGAAAAUGCAGAAGGACAGGAGGCGUCCAGAUACCUGUCACCCUUUCCACCCAGAAGAGAAUUCCAUGGAGUGUGGAGCAGCUGUGUCUCUCCUCUCAUCGGUGGCAGUAACACUGUUUUGUGUCCUCCUGUCGCUUCUGUCCAGAAGAUCAUUUCUCAUUCCGAUAGACCGUUGUCAUCUGGAGGAUCCUUCAACCUCUGAGACGUUCUUAUGUUUUCUUUGUGUAACUCCUACCAGUCUCAGUCCUUCAGUAUGGAAUUCUGCACCAUCAGGACCAGGUUUUGAUCCCCUUAGGACAACAUAACCCAAACCAGUCGGUGCCAAAGCCAGAACUGGGCCUAAAUAGGUAAGAAGAUUAAUCCCAGACAGAGAGAAGGAGAGAGAGAAACAGAGAGGUAAUAAAGACCAUGACACUGGCCAACUACAACAUCUGUAUUUAUUUAGGUAAUAGACACAAACAUUCAAAUAUUCUGACAAACAUUCCCAGUUGCACAUGUAUGAAAGAGCGCUAUUACUGGGCCGGAGCCGGGCCAACUCUUGUAUAUGGUUUAAGUAAAAAGGAAAAAAUAAAGCAACAAAAGUUUUGUGUUAGUCCCAGGAGGAGGCCGCUCUGCUGUGGUCUCCACGUCAACACUGCCGUCCCUGUGUUCAACAGCCGAUCACGCUCCGUCUCCGUCUCUGUCCCCACCUCCGCUCUCUCCCGCUUCACCGCUUCCUCCUCCUGCUGCUUCUUCUUCUGACGAGCUUGUUCUCACCAUCCCGGGAUCUACUCUCUCCUCCCGCGCUCUUCCCCCGGAGCACAACUGUCUGAAUCUCUAAUCAUUCUCAGUGCCUCCUCUCUGCGCUCCACCGAUUCCCUGACUUGCUGAUGGGCCAUUUAUCACUGCAUAAUGGGAUCAGGACUGUUUUGAGUCAACACGCAUCUAAUCGGGUUCCUUCAUGCUUGCCAGAUGACUUAUGCAUCCAAUCUAGUGUGUACUCAGGGCCCAACACUCCUCUUCUUCUUCUUCCUGGGGAAGAUGCCACGAUGGCAGCUCCCGCUCCUCUUCUGUUCCUCCUGUGAUGUCACGUCAGGGUCCUGUGAGUGAUAAAUGCUUGUCUCAUGUUUGCUGGAAGCUGUUUUCCCCACACACAGGUGGAGGAAACAUAAGCCAUGCACAUGCUUUCAAAAACUCAUAGAGACCGACGGGCUCUUUUCCAGGGGGUUUCCCAACUCCAGCAGCUAAUCCUGUGGGUGAGGGUGAAAUUUCUGAAAUGGAAAUAGCCAAGCCAUAAAUUUGACAAAAGGCUUUGUCUUACCUGAAAAAUAAGCUUCGACGAUUUCCAGAACAAAUCUAUUUGAUAUGUAUAUUGUAAUAGUUCCAAAAAAUAAUGCAUAAUGUGGUUAACAGAUAGAGAGGAAAAA